UCAGCGUGUGCUGCUUACCUAAAGAACGUCACGUCCAGCGCUGUCCCGCCGAGCGGGACAUUACGCGAUAUAUUAUGACACUGACACUGAUGGCGGACAUCAAUAACGGUGAAAUCCGCAAUUUGUAAAUGCUUAAAAGCCCCCCUCGUAGAUAAUUAUCAUUAGCAUAAAGUUACCGGGUGAUUGUUGGGUUGUCGUUAGUUGUUAAAAUCUGAGAUAAUAAGUGUUAAUUGUAACGUAAAGUAUUAGAAACUGUUGAUUCGUUAGCUGAUCGGAAUUUACUUGUAUUCGUAGGAAAAGCACUGAUAGCCAUCCGUUCCCAUUUAGCCAAUUGUAAAAUAGCAGUGACAGGUAUAAAACUGAAGAAGCGUCUGCGUUCUUCUCUCGUGUGAUAAAAGUGUGUGAAAGUGAAUUUGAAUUAUGUGCCGCUAUUAAGGAUUAACGUGACGAUGAUGCGGAUGAUGUUGCUCAAGGCGAUAUUUUUGGUUUCACUUCCUUAUGUACGUUCCAUUUACAACAGUAUUGAAGACGGGGCAGUUCAAAACAACGAGCUGGAUAGACCAAGUGAGUGGGCGUUUUAUUCCAGUUCCUAUAGAAAAUCAUCCCCAAACUCGCGUUCCAAUGGAAGAAGCUCAUGGAGUGUUGGGAAAAAAGAAAGGACUUCCGUGUAAUAUAUCUCCUGCGAAAAGAGACGAUACGGUGGCUAUGGUGUUGUGGUUCAAAGAAACGAUCGGGGAACCGUUAUACAGUUAUGAUGUUCGUGGAAGGACGUACAAAGACGCGAAAUUGUGGUCGUCGCCGACAGUGUUCGGAACUCGUGCUUAUUUUUGGCCGUUGACAAACCCCGCUACACUAGUGAUCGAUAAUAUUCAACUUUCCGACGAGGGCAUUUAUCGCUGCCGCGUUGACUUUAAAAAUUCCCCCACAAGAAACAGUAAAGUUAAUUUUACAGUUAUCGUGCCUCCAGAGAAGAUACACAUAUACGACGACAAAAGGAUAGACAAAGUAGUAUUAUUAGGACCUUAUAACGAAGGCACCGACGUAAACCUUCUUUGCGAAGUGAAAGGAGGCAGACCGAGGCCGAGGGUAAUUUGGUUUCUGGAGAACACGGUGAUCGACGAUUCCUACGAGAAUCGGUCCGACGGAGUAGUCGUCAAUCACCUCACAUUUCCCAACGUCGGUCGCCAACAUUUACAUGCAAGACUGAUCUGCCAGGCCAGCAACAACAACAUCGUGCCACCGGAGAGCCGAGCCGUUGUUCUGGACAUUAAUUUAAAACCCCAGACUGUGAAUAUUUUGACAAAGGAGAAACACGUGUCAGCGGACAAGCGAUACGACGUCGAAUGCAGAACUUCGGGUUCUAGACCGGAUGCGGUUAUUACUUGGUGGAAGGGGAGCAGACCCGUCAAAAGACUGGCAAAAAACUUCUCGGAGCAGAACAACCAGAGCUUGAGCAUCCUGACUUUCGUGCCCGUUAUCGACGACGACGGCAAGUACUUGACCUGCAGGGCAGAGAACCCGGCAAUUCCCGACAGCGCCCUUGAAGAUAAAUGGAGAUUAAACGUUCAUUAUGUUCCAGUCGUAACGCUAAAAAUGGGGUCAACUCUCAACCCGGAGGAUAUCAAGGAGGGUGACGAUGUUUAUUUUGAAUGCAACAUUAGGGCGAACCCCAAGGCGUACAAACUUUCCUGGUUUCACAAUAAUACGGAAAUUUUUCAAAACGUAACCGGAGGUAUAAUUUUAAGCGAUCAAAGUCUCGUGUUACAAAAUGUAGUGAAGUCGACAGCUGGCGAAUACACCUGCGUAGCUACCAAUUCCGAAGGAAAAGGAUCGAGUAACCCCGUUAAGCUUGUUGUAAGAUACGCGCCCGUCUGCAUCCAAGAGCGCGAGGAACUUUACGGUGCCCUCAAACAAGAAACUGUGACGUUGCGUUGUAGUGUAGAUGCCAACCCCCCAGUUGUAACUUUUCAUUGGACCUUCAACAACAGCGGUGAUCAAUUAGAAGUUCCGUCUGGAAGGUUUACUAGCGAAGUCACUUCGUCAAGGUUAAACUACACACCGAACACGGAUCUGGAUUAUGGGACCCUGCUUUGCUAUGGGGAGAACGAAAUUGGCAAACAGAAGGAACCCUGCGUAUUUCAAGUGGUUAUCGCCGGUCGACCAUCUCAACUGCAAAACUGUUCCUUAUUAAACCAAACAACGAAUUCACUCCAAGUGGAUUGUACUGAAGGAUACGAUGGUGGACUUACGCAAACCUUUUACAUGGAAGUUUUGGAACUUCCCAGUUUAAGAUCCAAAUUGAACCUGACAUCAAGGGCACCUGUCUUUACUGCAGAUGGUUUGGAUCCGGGAGCGAGUUACAGGAUUAUGUUGUACGCUGUGAACAAAAAGGGCAGAAGCGAAGCGACAGUGAUUGAUCCAGUUACUUUUAAAGGAGUUGCCAAACUACAAGGGGCGACUGCUACUAUGCCGGUCAGUCCGUUGAUCAUGGGUCUUCUGGGAACUGCAGGAAUCCUUGCAACCGGUGUGUGUCUCGUUCUGGCCGCCCUUUGCAGAAAACACUAUGCGAGACCUUGUCACAGGCCUGACACAAGCGGCACGAAACAUGUACCGAUGGAAGCCGUUAUUAACGCCGACGAUCUCAUCGUAGACGGUUCCAUAACCGGAGUAAGGACAUCCAAUAGCUCAAGCGAUCAUGGAAUCACAGCCGAAGCUAUACGAAAUGGUAACUCUAUUGAAGCGACAGACCCGGAUAUAAUACGAAAUCAAUAUGAAAGAAGACCACUACAUGGGUUCAUGAAGGUAUAUGAAUACGAACCGCCUGGGUGUAGAGAAGAGGACGACCCCGAAGACGAGGGCGAGGGGUACGCCUUCAAACACGUUGCCAAAGAAUCAAUCGUUCCCAACCAAACGAUAUACCGAAGCUUGCAAAGGCCAAACCGAACACCUUCCAGCGGUACCCUGCAAGUAAUGUCGAGUUCACAAACACUGACGCACAAGUAUCGAGGACCGGAAGUCGUCACGACGUCAAAUCGGAUACAAGAGAGUUGCAUAUAAGAGAAUGUGUCGUCACUGUUUUUAUCCUUGUAUUAUAUUAAUGUAUUUAAAAAAAUGAAAUAAACGGA